AAGAGGUAGAGGAGAGGAGAGCAAAAUAGUUGUUUUCUAUCUCCGUGUGGCUCACACUGAGAGUUGUCUCACCAAAAGAGAGGGAAUAUUUUAUUUAUUUUUCUUCUGUUCAUGUUAUCACCACUGAUCAUACAGAAUAAAAAUCUUGUUAAACUGGGGUUUUCUUCAAUCUGAACUCAACAGUAAAACAGAUUUCAUCUCAGACUGAUUCUUCUUGCGGGACUAGUUUUAUUAGGAUCCUACUAGUUGUCAUAAUACCAGUCUGUCUCUGAGAUGGGGUCCAGAACUCUUCUACUUGUUCUGGCCUAACUAUAAAAUGGAUAAGAGUAUGACCUAACUAUAAAAUGGAUAAGAGUAUGAGUCUUUAUUUUACACUACUGGGGAACCUAGAGGCCAGAGUUUGCGGCCUGGGCUUCAUUGCCAAUGAGAGUCAACAAUGUGAUGAUAUAGAUGAGUGUAAAGAGUGGGACAGUACCCCACCCUGUGGAAGUAAAGCCACGUGUUACAAUACAUAUGGAAGCUUCUACUGUCACUGUCUACCUGGGUUCAGAUCCACAACGACUUUCAAGUUUACUCCUCUCACUGGGGAGUGUAAUGACCUCGAUGAGUGCAAGGGAAGACUACGGGUUUGUCCCAGCAACGCCAUUUGCCUCAACACCAUUGGGAGCUACCACUGCCUGUGCCAACCUGGGUUCAGAUUCUCUAAUCACACUGUGAAGAACUGAUGGAAAUUCCAAUAUCAAGUUUUCUGAUGAAUUUACCAAUGAUUUUGUCACGUCUGCUGCUGCUCCCCCUCUCUGACGCUCGAGGUUGCCUGGCGGCUCAUCAUUACUCACACCUCUCACCAUCGUUACGCGCCCCAGUGCUUCAUCGGACUCACCUGGACUCCAUCACGUCAUUGAUUAUCUACCCUAUAUCUGUCACCCCCUCCAGUUAAUUUUCCGCGUCUGCAUUGAUGUUGUUUUGUUUCUCCUGUCCUGUUAUUUACCAUGAUGCCCUAGGAACAGUGGGUUAACUGCCUUGUUCAGGGGCAGAACAACAUGUAUAUUUAUCUUUCAGCUCCAGGUAUUCGAACUAGCAACCAUUUGGUUAUUGUCCAAAUGCUCUAACCACUAGGCUACUACCGCCCCUUAGGAUACCUAUCUCCCUGCUGUUAACCUCUCUUGGGUAGGGGGCAGUAUUUUCACCUCCUGAUGUAAAGCAUGCCCAGAGUAAAUUGCCUGUUACUCAGGCCCAGAAUUUAGGAUAUGCAUA